GCUCGAGCGGAUACUGGACCGGUGGGCUCUGCGCAGUGCAUCCUGGGUCGGCGUAGCCAUGGCGGCUCGUGUCCUUUGCGCCUGUGUCCGCCGAUUGCCCGCGGCCUUCGCGCCACUGCCCAGACUUCCUACGCUGGCCGCCGCCCGGGCGCUCAGCACCAGCCUGUUCCCCGCGGGGUCCCGGACCAGGCCUGGGGCUCCGCAGCCGGCCUUGGUGUUCGCGCAGGUUCCAGGUGGAGUGACGCAACUGUGCCGCCAGUAUAGCGACGCACCCCCUUUGACACUAGAGGGAAUCAAGGACCGUGUUCUUUACGUCUUGAAACUUUAUGACAAGAUUGACCCAGAAAAGCUCUCGGUAAAUUCCCAUUUUAUGAAAGACCUGGGCUUAGACAGUUUGGACCAAGUGGAGAUUAUCAUGGCCAUGGAGGACGAAUUUGGGUUUGAAAUUCCUGAUAUAGAUGCGGAGAAGUUAAUGUGCCCACAAGAAAUUGUAGAUUACAUUGCAGAUAAGAAAGAUGUAUACGAAUAAAAUAACAGAGCCCUUUUCAUUCCUGAGAGAAGACUCGGAAGAUGCUGGCAAGCGUCUGCAAGUGAGAACGCAUUUGUGCAGCACUGCUGACUUGGACAGAGGGGUUCUGUUCAGACUUGUAUUUAAGUUGUCUUAAGUGUUUUUGCCCUUUGAAAAUAAAUCUAUAAAACCAACA